AUGAGGAAGAUCACCGUCUCCCCAAAUAAAAGAGUGGUUGCUGGCCACCUUCUGGCGCUGGGGUGUGGAGUCCCUCUGUUCUUCCUGGCCGGCGGAGGUGGCGAGGAGGAGGAGCAGUGGGGCGCCAAAAAUCCAGAAGCUUUGGCACCUUUGGCCGGCCAUGGUGGUGAGGAGAGGCGAAGCAGGCCCUGGGUGACCCUGGCGUUCAGCGGUGGUCUCUGGCCUCCUGAUCCACUUUCUCUCUCCCCAAAACCACCCACUUCUGCGUCGCCCUCCUCCCCAACCAGCAUAUCUCUGCAGAACCCCCACCCGGCGAGCAAGGGCGGACCCCUGGUGCUCGUGUCCCCCGCCUCCACGCUCGUAGAUCUGCAGGCCGCACUCGCGGGAGCCAAGUUGCAGCAGGCACCAGCACCCUCUUCCUCUCUCCCGCCCGCAGACCCGAGCCCCGCUCCUCUCGUUCGCCUCGACGCCCACCUCUCUGCCCCGCGCCGUCCUCGUCCUGCAGCCGCCGUCGCGCAACGCUCGCCUGGCCGCCGCCGCCUUGGGUUCCGCCUGCAGCACCGUCUCUCCCCGUCGCGUGCCAGCCGAGCUGCCGUGGCGCGCCUCCCUGUACCCUGCUCCUCGCCGUCGGCCUCCUCCAAUCUUGACCCCGACACCGCAUUCCUGGCCUCCUCCACCGCGACGUGCUGCUCGUCUUCAACCCCGCAGCCGCGGCCGUUCCUGCGCUCAACUGUGCGAGCCGGCCACCGCGUUGUCGCGCCCAGCAGCGCCUUCAACACGGGCCACGGUGUGUUCCCCGCCGACACGCCGCAGACCAGCCCGCCGCUCCCCCAGCGAUCGUCGCAUGCGCCUCACCGCGUGCGCCUCGACGCGUCCCUCUUCCUCACGCUCUCCAAGUACGCCAAGGACGCCCGCAAGUUCCCCGCGGCGUGA